GGGGGUGUCCCUCUGUUUCUCACUCACUCAUUCACUACACCCGAGAUUAUCCCGGUGACGCCACUGGCCCUUUAAGACCCUUUAAAAAAAUAACAUCAGCCGAGCUGCAGACUUCCGGUGAUAAAGGCACACACACACACACACAGACUACCAGCUGAGCAUCCGCAGGGACGAAGACGCAUCAGCGCUCGAGCCGUCGGAGAUACCCUCAUCGCGCGCCACCAUGGUGAAGAUCAGCUUCCAUCCCGUCGCGGGACAGAAAUCGGACAAGGAAGAGGCUGACGGAGAGGCGCCCGCGGUGCUCAUCUCCCAACCCCACGAGCAGGUAUCUCCUGUCAUGAAGAGGUCUUUUCUGGCUACUCUGAGCGGUCCCACCUUUGCUCUCCUGUGCUUCGCCUGCAGUCUCCUCUCCUGCAGUCUCUUCUACGCCUGUGUGUACAUAUACACACUCUACGUCAUCCCUCGGGUUCCUGCCCAGUCUGAGUUCGGCUGCUCUGUGAUGUAUGAUGAUGCCGUGAUGGCGCCUCUGCGAGGCACACACUCUCGUGCCCGCACACACACACACACACACGCACACACACACUCUCACUCACUGGACGAGAAGGUGGACAUCUACCUAGAGGACAACUACGAGCUCAUCAGUGUUCCUGUACCAGACUUCACCAACACACACCCUGCAGAGAUCAUCCACGACUUCAACAAGGGAUUAACUGCCUAUCAUGACAUCACUCUGGAUAAGUGCUACGUGAGUGAGCUGAACUCAUCGGUUGUCAUGGCGCCCAGGAACCUGUGGGAGCUCCUCAUCAAUGUCAAGAGGGGCUCCUAUCUCCCGCAGCGGUACCUUGUCCAGGAGCAGAUGUCUGUGGCGGCGCGUGUGGCUGACCUUCGACCUCUGGGCCCCUUUAUCUCACGUCUCUGCAGCGGCAAGGACACCUAUCGCCUGCGUCGCCAUGGAAACACACGCCGACUUCAGAAGCGUGGGGUUGAGAGCUGUCAUCACAUCCGUCACUUUGAGAACACCUUCGUCAUGGAAACGCUCAUCUGUGAACCCCAGUAGACCAGCUGGCCACACCCCUCAGCCAAUGUGGCCACACCCCUCAUCCACUGUGGCCACACCCCUCAGCCACUGUGGCCACACCCCUCAGUCACUGUGACCCCACCCCCUCAGCCAAUGUAGCUCCGACUCUCGCCAAAUCUGACACAUACACACACACACACACACACACACACACACACACACUCAGACUCAGACA